AUGAAGUUCUUGGUCACGGCAAUCGCAGCCAGUUUCAUUGCCGCCCUUGCCGCGGUCAGGUGCGCCGCCGGCCAAGCCCAAGGUACAGCGACGACAAAGACGUGCGUCGUACCGUCACACAACGACUCCAAGACCGACGACAGCGACUCGAUCCUGUCGGCCUUGCGGAGCUGCAACAAUGGCGUGGGCGGCCGCGUCCUCUUCUCGCCCGACGUUACCUAUACGGUCGCGAAGGCCAUGGACCUGACUUUUCUAAGGGACAUUCACGUCGAGAUUGCCGGCACAAUUCUCUUCACCGACGACACCGACUACUGGCAGGCCAAUGCCUUUCCGCUGGGAUUCCAGAAUGCCACGUCCUUUUUCAAACUUGGCGGCUCGGGCGUCGAGGUGUCUGGCGGCGGCACGCUGGACGGCAACGGGCAGGUGUGGUACGACCUGUACGCGCGCGACAUUUACGCAAAGCGGCCCGUUCUCGUCGCCCUCGAUGGCUUGCACAACUCGACCAUUCGCGAUCUCCACCUGGUCAACAGCCCCUUUUGGUUCCACCUCGUGGCCAACAGCACUGACAUCACUUUUUCCGGCAUCACCAUCGACGUCGCGUCGACGUCGUCGAACCCGGCCAAGAACGGGGACGGGUGGGACACGUACCGGAGCUCGCACAUCACCAUUCGGGAUUCCCAGAUCCACAACUCGGACGACUGCGUGAGCUUCAAGCCCAACUCGACAUUCAUCACGGUCAAAAACCUCGUCUGCGUGGGUUCUCACGGUGUCUCGGUCGGCUCGCUGGGCCAGUACCCGGGCGAGACGGACAUCGUUGAGCACAUCUACGUGCACAACGUGACCAUGAUUGACACGACGUAUGGCGCCAGGAUCAAGACGUGGCCCGGCCUCGCGUCCGAGCUCAGCGGCGAGCUGCAGGGCGGCGGCGGACUGGGACGGGUGCACAACAUUACCUACAAAUCAAUGCACGUCCACAAUGUCACCUCCCUCGUCCUCAUCGACCAGUGCUACGGCCAGAGCAACGCGACGCUCUGCGAGGAGAACCCGUCCAACAUCACCAUCUCUGGCAUCAACGUGAGCAAUGUGUUGCCCUUUUGAUGCUCUGCUCCAUGACGGGGCGCCCACCCCUCCCCACCCCAACGAGCUAG